AUGCCUGAACUACCCGAAGUAGAAUACGCUCGUCGAUUAUUGGCUCGAUUUUUAACUCAUACACAUAUUACUAAAGUUUCAUAUCCAGAUGCUGAUGGCCUGGCGAAGCGUUUCUUGAAUUGCACACCAAAUUCAUUUGCCGAUGGAUUAGUUAACCGUAAGAUUUUGGAUAUUAAACGGCACGGUAAAUAUCUAUGGUUUGAGAUGGCUGACCAGAAACCUUUGACACCAAUCUUUCAUUUUGGAAUGUCUGGAGGUUUUCGAAUCAAAUCAGCACCUGAUGUGACUUAUUUGAAAGAGCUUGAACAUGUGAAAAGAAAAGCGAAAAACGAAGUUGAUGGACAAUGCGAGUCUUUUGUUUAUGACGCUGACUUAACAUGGCCGCCUCGUUUUACACGUAUUCGAUUUUUGACGUCAACAGGUCACGAUGUGUGCUAUACAGAUCUUCGUAAAUUUGGACGUUUUCAUUUAAUUGAUUCGAACGAACCUCUUUCAUGCCUUCCUUUAUCAAAAUUAGGCUUCGAUCCUUACCUUGAAAUGCCAAAACUUGAUGAUUUCAAAGAUUUAAUCAACUCGUACCGAUCGAAAUCCAUCGAACUUAAAGCAUUAUUACUUGACCAAGCAUUUUGUGCUGGAAUUGGCAAUUGGAUAGCUGAUGAAAUACUCUAUCAGUCACAUUUGCAUCCACGUAAACGAUUGAAUACAUUGACGGACGAUCAACUGAAGAGUUUGCACAAAAACAUCGACUAUGUCAUUCGCACAGCAGUUGAUGCAGGUGGGAGUCAUAAAUUUCCACCGGAAUGGCUGUUUCAUUUUCGAUGGACGAACAAACGGGAAACAGAAGAUUAUUAUAAACUAAAAAUUCAAUUUGAUACCGUCGGUGGACGAACAUCAGCUUAUGUACCGAAAAGACAACUCUUAUCCGAUGAUGAACAACAUCAAGUGGAUGUUCGAUUGGCUGCACGUGAUGCCAAACGAGCCAAGAACUCAGUUACUGUAGUACGUUCAAAAGGGUUACGAAAAAAACGAAGUAAACAAGAAAUGAUCGAAAGUGACUUCGAAGAAGAAGAAAAAGAGGAAAAUGCCGAAGACGAACCAGCACCGACCCCACCUCGAAAAAAGAAAUUAUCAUCUGAACCUGUGGCUAAUAUAUCGAAUCGACCACAACGAUCAUGUAGACAGAAAACGAUCAAUUAUCAUGUGUGA